AUGUUUUGUUGCUUAGGAUAUGAACGGCUGAGCGGGGGCUGUAAAACCUCGCACUCUGCUUGGAUAUGAGUUAUCAAUUCUCUGCAUGACCAUUUUCAUCCUGGGACUGACUUUUGUGGAAUUCUGUGGAUAGUUAUCAUUAUUGUGUUUCUGGGAAUUUCUACACUUGCCAUUUUCCUCUGGAAAACUAAUCUUUGUGUGUCUUUCCUGAAGACUGUCUUAAAGUCACAAAAUGUACAUGACAGAUCCACAGAUGUACAUCGGAAAGCCUGGAGGUCCAAUAGCCGUAGCCAGGAAGGAAUUAAAAUUGGCAUGGAAGACCUCUAUACUUCAUGGAGAUAUAUGGAAGCCAAAGUUCGAACUGAAGUCCAUAAGGUGACGACGAAGGUCAACAGUCAUUACAAAAUCAAUGGACAGAGGAAGACUCCCAAGGAAGAGAAGCUAAGAAUGAAAGAAUGUGAGCAAGCAGAAAAGGACAGGCAGCUAUCAGAGGCAGAGGAAAAUGGGAAAUCGAUUAUGAAAGAAAUAGACACCGACAUGAAAUUGUUUCACGCUGCGGAAAGGUUGCGGCGGCGGGCAGAGGACUACUACAGACGCAAAAUCGCCCCUUCUGCAAGAAAGCCUCAUGCCAACUGGCUCUGUGCUCAAGCCUUGCAGAGGAAGAUGGCAGAGAGGAAGGCUGCCUCCAAGCAGCAAAGGUGUGAAAUGAGGGAAAAACAGAGAGUGCCACAGAGACACAUGCGUCGGGAGCCAGUCCAGGGACGACCGGGCCUAGAGAACCCUUUCUGGAGGGGUCAGAAUGGCUGCAGUGGAGCAUCAUCAUUCCUCAGGAUUGCCCUACUGGCCCGACCUCACAGCUGA